UUACAGCUCUUUUUCCCCUCAUCCUGUCAGAGCCAACAUUCCCAGUGUGCAUUGCGCUCGCUUAAGCCCUACGCAUGCGCGUAGGAAUGCUAUAGUCAAAGCCAAGCGGCUCCGGUGUGUAGCGUGUAAGUUUGUGUAUUUUUGUGUGGUAAUUUAUUAUUCGAAACGCUACUACGCAUCUCUUUUCUGCGCGCCUGGAGACGCUCUAGCCCCGUGAAGUAAAGUUCGAUGGUUUUUUUCUCAGAACCAGCGCUACCGGAAGUGGUACAUUAUUUUUAAAAGCGGUGGAACUGGGAAGCAACAACAACAACAAGAACUUCAGCAUGAGCAGCUACAGAGACAAACCCUGGGCCAACAUUCCUGAUCGAGAGGACAGGUUAAAUAUGAGUGGAAUUUCAUCAUCGCAUUCAGCACCAAGAUCAUAUGAGAAUGAAAGAGCAUUUCAAAUGGGACACUACAGUGACUAUGACAGGGUUAAAGCAAGUGGGAUUUCAUCAUCUCUGUCAGUGCAAAGAGCCUAUGAGGAUGAAAGACCGUUUCAGAGGGCACACUAUAGUGACUAUGACAGGGUUGACGAAAGUGGGUUUUCAUCAUCUCAGUCAGCCCAAAAUACAUACAAGGAUGAAAGACCAUUUCAGAAAGGACAUGACUGGGGAAAUACCAGUGGGAUUUCAUCAUCUCAGUCAGCUCAAAGAACAUAUGAAGACGAAAGACCAUUUCAGAAGGGACAUGUCAGUGGUAAUACAGGUGGGUUUUCAUCAUCUCAGUCAGCACAAAGAACAUAUGAAGAUGAAAGACCAUUUCAAAAGGGACAUGACAGGAUAAAUACAAGUGGGUUUUCAUCACCUCAGUCGGCGCAAAGAACAUAUGAGGAUGAAAGACAAUUUCAUAAAGGACCUGACUGGGGAAAUACAAGUGGGACUUUAUCAUCUCAGUCAGCACAAAGAACAUACGAGGAUGAAAAACCAUUUCAGAAGGGACAUGGAAAUACAAGUGGGAUUUCAUCAUCUCAGUCAGCGCAAAGAACACAUGAAGAUGAAAGACCAUUUCAGAAGGCACACUAUAGUGACUAUAAUAUGAGGCCAUUUUCCAGUCAAGACAAGAUGAAGACGCAACAGAAAAAGACAAUGCAGUUUUUGAAAGAUUACAUGAAAAGAGCAGAUCGAGAGCCUUUGAUUGGCUUGGAAUAUAUCAUGGAAUACAGAGUUCAGACAAAAGCAAGAAAAAUUGAAACAAAAUAUAUAUGUGAGAUCUGCAAGGCUGACACUGAAUUAACACCGAUGAUUGAGCAUCUGUGUGGCGUUAAACACAGGAAACUCUAUCUGGCAAAAGAAUAUCCAUUUGUCCUUAAGGCUCCAUCCAACAAAAAUGAAGAUCGCAGUCAGUUCAUAAGACGAAUGGCCCUUGAAAUAGAGCAGGAAGAAGGGACAAAGAUGUAUAAGAUUGAUCCUGCUACCAAAAUUGAAUCCUUGCUGGAUUUGCAGAUUCCGCCUCCAAAAAAAGCGAAAAAAAAAUCCAGGUGGGAGAGUGUGGAAAAUAGAAUGCAGAAAGCUCUGAAUUACCUGGAAACAUUUGCUCUUGAGUCGGACGCAGAGGCAACCACUGUGACGAAUCUUACACUGAAGUUAACAGGAGCUUUAAAGCAAUACACUCAAAAGACAACACACGAAGAGCUCUUCCAAUCAAGAGUGGCCAAAGCAAAGGAAGUCGCAUCGUCUAUUAUGAAGAAUGCCACUAUGAAUAAGAAUGCUCCUAUGAAUAGGAAUCCCCCCAUGAAUAAGAGUGCCCCUAUGAAUAAGAGUGCCCCUAUGAACAAGCAUCCCCCUAUGAAUAGGAGUGCCCCUAUGAAUAAGAAUGCCCCUAUCAUGAAGACCAACAUUAUGAAUACAGAUGCCAUUAAGAAUAAGAGUGCCAAUCUUCACAAACCUCCCCAAGAAAAUAUUAAGCAGAAUCAGAUGCCUUCCCAGAAAAAUCCCCCAACCCAUGGUUUUAAUAACAAGACCACAAAUCCACAAAUCACAUCUCAAAGCUCCAUUCCUUUACAGCCAGUGGCAGGAAACGCCAUGACAGGAAAAAGCAUGCAAGUGAACCAGAGUUCUACACAGCAACCAGGUCCUUCACAGCAACCAGAUGUUUCACUUCCAAAUAAUUUGGACUUAGAUGAUGUCAACUUUUUCAAAAAAUUGAUGGCUCUAUUGGCUGCGCUGCCACAGAACUCACAAGAUGCUGGGAACAUGCCAAUGAAUCCAAAGUUGAUGAUGUUAAAAUCGAUAUUGUUUGAUAAAGCCACAAGUAGCGACAAUAUGCAGCUGAACCAACAGGUGUUGCCGCAGACUCAGUUACCAACACAGGAUACUAACGUCGAGUCCGUUCAGAAAUUGCUAAUGCUAAUGGCAUCUCAGCCUCAGAAUGCCCUGAAUCAGCAACUGAUGAUGCUCAUUGCCUCUCAGAACUUUGCCUCCGCCGACAACGUAUUGCUCAACCAAAAUCUAACGAUGCUAAUGGCUUCUCUGGCAAACAGCACCAUGAGCUUAGAAAAUGUCCAACAGAAUCAGAACUCUUUCAUGCAAAUGGCCUCAGUGAUACAAAACACUCCCAAUCCAAACAAUGAACAUAUCAUGAGAAUGGAACAGAACCCUGACAAUCCUUUCCCAGUCUAUGAAACACAUGUUCUUGCUCAGCAGAGCUAUGACCCUUUUGUAAGCCAUGAUGAGGUCGGAGGAUAUCAAGCACCCACUGAUGUUCAGUACAACCCAGUCGAUAGUGCUGCAUCUGGGGGCAUGAUCUAUCCAGCAGCCGAAAUGCCACAGAGUCAGUACCAGAAUGUUCCCUAUGAAUCGGACAUGUAUACUUCUCAGCACACCUUUGAACAACCGUAUGAGCAGUCUGGUUUCGAUCCUUCUAUGAUGACCCAUGUUGGGGAUCCUAUUCAUCAUUUUGAUGGAUACACAGAGGAACAAGCUGAUGCACCAUAUAGCAGAAUGCCUCUGUCACCUAGCGUCGAUAAACCCUAUCGGGAUGAGAUUGAUCCCCAUAGGAUCCCCGAUGAUAUAAGCUUUGUUCCAGAAACGACCCAAUCUGCUGCAUUUUAUGAAAGAGCACAAGAACUUGACUACCAGCCCACGAGGCAUGAUAGAGAUCUCCCUGCCUCGAUAGCGCCCACAAGGCAUGAUAGAGAUCUCCCUGCCUCGCACCCGCCCACGAGGCAUGAUAGAGAUCUCCCUGCCUCGAUAGCGCCCACAAGGCAUGAUAGAGAUCUCCCUGCCUCGCACCCGCCCACGAGGCAUGAUAGAGAUCUCCCUGCCUCGAGACCGCCCACGAGGCAUGAAAGAGAUCUCCCUGCCUCAAGACCGCCCACGAGGCAUGAAAGAGAUCUCUCUGCCUCGAGACCGCCCACAAGGCAUGAUAGAGAUCUCCCUGCCUCACAACCGCCCACGAGGCAUGAAAGAGAUCUCCCUGCCUCGAUACCGCCCACAAGGCAUGAUAGAGAUCUCCCUGCCUCACACCCGCCCACGAGGCAUGAAAGAGAUCUCCCUGCCUCGAGACCGCCCACGAGGCAUGAAAGAGAUCUCCCUGCCUCGAGACCGCCCACGAGGCAUGAAAGAGAUCUCCCUGCCUCGAGACCGCCCACGAGGCAUGAAAGAGAUCUCCCUGCCUCGAGACCGCCCACGAGGCAUGAAGGGGAUAGCCCUGCCUCGAGACCGCCCACGAGGCAUGAAAGAGAUCUCCCUGCCUUGAGACUGCCCACGAGGCAUGAAGGAGAUCUCCCUGCCUCAAGACCGCCAAGAACUGACAGAUAUGCUGGGCUGCGGGACAUCAUCAUCAAUGCCAAAGGAAAAAAGGCUUCCAAAAAUAAGUCACCUCUGAAGAGGCGCUUUCCCAAUAGCUCAGAGAGAGACUUGCGUGAGGCAGAUGAAGGGUUAAGUGAGGUUCCAGAUGUACAAACAUCAGGCUUAUCUGCCGCCAUCUUAAAGAGAAUCCGAGGGAAGGAUUUAUUUACAGUAUCAGCAAUUCUUAGUGAAUAUGCAGAAAGCCACCAAUCUAAAUAAAGUAAGGCAACACUCUUUUUAUUUGUACAUUGCCAGCCAUUGUUACUGCUGGUUUUCUUUGAGUCUUUAAACUGUGACAUGGUAUAUUAAGCUUGAGUAGCCACAUUGCAGAACAACCGGGUCCCAGGAUAACGCACAGGGCAAGAGGUGAGCAGGAAAGGGGAUUCCAAUGCUUACAUUCUUAGCUCCCCUAUGUACAUACAAUAUGCUUGUUUGGAAAGUGCAAAAAACCGAAUGUGAGCGGCCAUCUUUUUUUGCAUUUUGCACCCUUCAUGAAGAAAUAUUGUAGCAGAGCCCAUAGAUCUGUGUUCACCUGUAUGUAGCAGCACUGUAUUUAUGUGGGAUGGGGCUGGCACAUUUGCCCUACCCUCCUAACUUGUGUAUCAUUCAGAUGUGCAAGUGAUGGAGAUCAGGGAGAAGCCAUGUACUUGCCACUCCCCUAUGGUAGGUGGGAAAUACAGGCAUUUCCUGGUUCUGCCGGAGCUGCCAAUCCUCAAACCAAGUGCUCCUUUAAAUUGGAUGUAAGGGGGUGUGCUCUUGCACAUUCAGUCAGUAAGUGACCCCCAUGGUGUCCGUUUCUGAUGCAUUAGAAGUUAAGAAUGGUGCAACCCCUGGAACCUUUCUUAACGGUACGUCCUGUGUGACAGAUGAACAGAACAUUUUAUGGUUUAUUUGCCCUUUAAAAACAUUCCUUUGUAUUACAAAAUAUCUGACCGUCAAGUUACCUCAGUGUGAGAUUAGAUCCCACCUAACAAACGUGUUUUGUUUUUUUUUCUUUUAAACCACUAUAGAAUGACAGCAUGGCACAGAUGAAUGUUAAGGAGAAAUUCACCAUAUUUAAAAAUGUGUUUUGUAAAUGCCAUGCAAACUGUAAAUAAAUGUUAUUUCAAAGAUCGUGGGAUGUAUUGGUAUGGGAGAAUUAUACAAUAUACAGCUUGUUCUGUUGGGGUGCAAUUGAAGAUCAUUACAGUGCACAGAUACCCCCCUCCUUAAUAAUAGGCUGCUGCUAACAAACUUGCCUGCUGGGAAUCUAUGUGCCUAGCAAGGAGCAAACAUGGAGGAGCUUCAGUUUCACUGUUUGGCUCAAGAAAUUCCAUAAGUAGGUGGAGAGGAGCACUUACAGGGCAAUACUCCUGAAUAUCUCAAGGUGAGUCAUUUCAAUAGUGUUUUUGGGAAUGUCUUGGGGUGACAUGCUUUUAGUUUGUAUGUAGGGUUUGCGGAACCCUCACUGUACUUAGGGGUGUUACUGGCUGCACCUGUACAAGUGGGGUGCUGUUUAGAGGAAAGCACAGAUUUAUGGGGUUGAUUUUUUGUGACAUUUGAACUUUAGAGCUGAGUUGUGCCUGUGUAGCAUGUAGGGAAGUGCAGAGCUGGGCAGCGUUGGUAGUGGCUGCCAUCUUGGGCCAUGAUAUCUAUCACUAAAUGGCUCACUUGGGCCUGAAAUGUUUCAGCUGUACCUAGAGCACCUCAAUAAAUGGGAUCUACCCUGUAAGCAUCAAGCACUUGGCAGAUGUACCCUGUGGCCCCUCACAGCACCUAAUUGGAAUGGAACCAGUGCCAGAUUCUGUAUUUAUGUAGGGCAAAGUGCAGUUCUAACAGAAAGACAUCAUUCAAUACGUUACAAUUUUUUUUUUAUCUUACAGAUUUUAUUGAGAAAUAUGAAAAGUGACACCAUAACAUCAUACAUUUCUUACAUUAGAUAAAAAUACUGUACAGAAUAUAAAAUGCUAGUGUGCUUUCAUAAAAGAAAAAGUUAAGACAGGGCAAGUUUGGCUUUGCCACGACCAUCGGAUACACUUACAUACCACAUAUUCUAACAACAAACCAUAUUGGGGCAAGAUAUCUAGGGAAAAUGCCCACAGAGCUGGGAUUUGGGGUGGCAAUAAGCUUGUGCUUAAGCACCCCCUUCCCCUUACGUUGCCAACUUGGGUUUUGUUUAAUGUUUUUCCCCCUUCUGCUCCCCUCACCCUACUCGGAGAACCCACCCGAUGUCUCCUACCAGGCUAUAAUUCUCAUUAACAGGGUGGGAACCUCCAUCACUGAGUAAUGCUGAACUACAACCCUGAGAACCCACUGUUGAGUUGAUCCGUAGCUUCAGGCUGAUGGUUGGACCUCCCAGUUUGGCACAUGUACAGGGAUAUGGGCCGACCCACAACUGCACGGGCCCGUAAUCCAAUCAGUGCAAUUUAGUCAGCUCUUUGUGGCUGAAGUCUGUACACUUGCAGAGUGGUUUCUUCCAGCACAGGGGGCCCUGUUCUACCUUUCUGCUUCCAUUCCGCAGUUGCUUGAAUGAUAUAACACGGGAUUCAGUUCUGCGGUUUGGACUCACGUUUUAUAAAAGUCUAUUCCAAGCGAUUGGCCUGCUCUGAAGCAAAGCCGUCUGUGGGAUCUCACUAUGGAACACAAAGCAGAACAUAGUGUUUCUGGCACGGAACGUAUUGUAGGCGGCUAAUAACUCAGCAACUGUCGGCACUGCAGUGUUUCGUCAGUAUUUGGGCUCAAUACCCCCCGACACUAUGUAAAACUACACACCGACCUCACCCACGGCAAGAAGUAACAAACACUAACUACAUUUCCACAGGAGAAUGGCAAAAACUCAACAAGGAUGGAAGAACCUUGGAUAAAUAGGCUAAUGAGGUCUCCAAACAAUAAUAAGGUUUAUUGGCAGGUCCUAUAUUCCUUGCAUAUCAUAUUUACCCAAUAACCAGAUAUCACUCUUACUGAGAAGCAAAACAUUAGUUCUGUUACUUUCCUACAAGGGACACGGAGUAUUAUUGCUCACUUAGGGCUCUCAAUACUGUUAUGUUGGGGGGGGGGGGGCCCCCACAUGUUACUACAACACUUUCCCCUGCAAGUACAUGGAUUGCAUGGUACAAGGCAGACAGGCGGGGAGGUGCCAGGGGCUUGUCGGCCCUUAAUGCCCCCCCCCCCCCCCCCCCCCUUACAAACUGCCAUGUUUUUGCAUUCAGCCCUAGCCCUGCAUAGUUGAUGAAUUGCUUUGGGCUCCAAAACAGGGCAUAGAGACUUGCGUUCCCCUUGAUGGAUGCAUCCGCUGGGUAACAGAUGGGGGGAGGCACCUCAUUCAGACAUGCAAGUUAGGGAGAGUCGGCUGCAACUUUUCCAAAGACACAGUUACCUUUUCUUUGAAUUAUUUUCUAUAACAAAUUCUCUGCCGUGUAAAAUAUCGACCCAAUAGAAACCUGCCGGGCAGCGGUAAUUCCCUGUAUUAGCAUGUAACAAUUAGUAGCCCUUUGUGGGGUUAAGACAAAAUACAGGACCCAGUCGCCAUAGAGCUGGUUCUGUAUCCAGCUUUGAAUUUACACUGUUCCACCCACUUAAUU